AUGGAGUGCACUAUGGCCCGCUACGGAGACAUGAGGGACCGCCUGCACCCUUAUGUCCCCCCUUGGGAUCCCAUGGAUUUGGAUACGCCGGAUAGAGAGGUUAUGGACCCCGAGUCUGACAUGGAGGCGGAGCCCUCUUCUGAUCGGGAUUACGAGGAAAAGUGUUCUAUCAUCUUUGUGUCGUUUGUGGGGGGCUUGUCAUUUGGAGCUGACUCCUUGAGUUCAGGUCAGUCUAUGAAAGAUGGAGAGACAUUGGUCUCUUCCGGCCACAGCUUUGAGCUUGGCUUCUUCUCUCCUGGAAGCUCCAAGAGCAGGUACUUGGGGAUAUGGUACAAGAUCACUCCUGAGACAGUAGUUUGGGUGGCUAAUGGAGGCAACCCGCUAACUGAUUCGAGUGGUGUUCUCACGUCUGGCCAUGAGGGGACUCUAGCUCUUCUGAACCAAUCGAAGGGUGUUGUUUGGUCUUCGAAUUCGUCUGGGGUCCUAACCAAUCCUGUUGCAUGUCUCCUGGAGUCUGGAAACCUUGUUCUUUGGGAUAACAUCAGUUCAAAUCCCGGUGAUACCUAUUCGGGGCAAAGCUUUGAUUACCCGUGCGACACGCUUUUAUCCGAUAUGAAACUGGGGUCGAACUUGAGAACCGGUUUCAAAUGGUAUCUGACCGCAUGGAAAAGCGUGGAUGACCCUUCCCCUAGCGACUACACCUGUGGAUUAGACGACCAAGGGCUGCCACAUAUUGUUAUACUCAGGAACUGUUCGACAAGGACAUAUCGGAGUGGUGUGUGGAAUGGAGUCGAGUUCAGCGGUCUCUCAGUGGCUGCGAAUUCCAUCUCGAGGCAAAUGUUGGUCAACAACCAGACGGAUGUCUGUUUCGCUUAUCAAGCUCUGGAUGAUGGGAUUAUCACCAGAGUCAGUCUGAAUGAGUCCGGGUCAUUACAACGACUUGUGAGGAAGAAAGAAAGUGCUAGUUGGAUUGUCAUGUACUCGCUUCCCAAUGAUUCAUGCGACAACUACGCAUUAUGCGGAGCUAAUGGUUUCUGCAGAAGUAACCUCUCCUCGAAAUGCCAGUGCUUGCAGGGUUUCAUACCCAAGUCACCGGAAGAAUGGCAAAUGCUUUAUUUUUCUGGUGGCUGCAUGAGGAAGGUGCCUGUAAAUUGUUCAAAAGGAGAAGGGUUUUUCAAACUUUCAAGGGUAAGCUGCCUGAUCUGGAAUGACAUUGACUUACCACUUUUUGAUCUUGAUACCAUUACUGUUGCUACUGACAAUUUCUCUCCGAGAAAUUUGCUUGGACCUGGAGGCUUUGGUUCAGUCUACAAGGGAACUCUUUCCACAGACCAAGAAAUAGCGGUGAAAAGGUUGUCAAAGGAUUCUGGGCAAGGACUUGAAGAGUUUAGGAAUGAAGUAGGCCUGAUUGCCAGACUUCAAGACAGGAAUCUUGUCAGCCUUCUUGGCUGCUGCGUUGACAGAGACGAAAGAUUGUUGAUUUACGAAUACAUGCCAAAUAAAAGCUUGAAUAACUUUAUCUUUGCUCAUGACAACCGCAUCUGGUUGGCACGGCAUAGGCGCUUUGAGAUUAUCUUUGGAAUUGGACGCGGAAUUCUUUAUCUCCACCAAGAUCCGAAGCUUCAAGUCGUCCAUAGAGACCUUAAAACAAGCGACAUUUUGCUGGAUGCCAACCUGAAUCCCAAGAUUUCCGAUUUCGGAUUAGAAAGAAUCUUUGGAGGCGAUGAAAAAGAAGCAAGAACAAGAAGAAUAACCGGAACUUUCGGAUAUAUGUCCCCAGAGUAUGCCUUCGAUGGAAAAUUCUCAGUUAAGUCUGACGUGUUUAGCUUUGGAGUGCUCUUAUUGGAGAUAGUUAGUGGGAAAAGGAACAGAGGAUUCUGCCGUCCAAGCCACCACCACAACCUUCUUGGACAUGCAUGGUUGCUUUGGGAUGAAGGCAGGGCAUUGGAGCUUAUGGAUGAUUCUUUGGCUGACUCCGCCAUUACAUCUCAAGUAGAGAGGUGCAUUCAUGUGGGUUUGUUGUGUGUCCAGAAAUUUCCUGGUGAUCGGCUAACUAUGUCUUCUGUGGUUUUCAUGUUAGCAAAUGAAGAAGCAAUAUUGCCACAUCCUAAACCGCCCGGUUUCUUCAUGGAAAGAAGGCUAACAAAUUCAGGUGCAACUUCACCAAGAGAACUCUAUACAGACAAUCUCAUUACCAUAACAAUGCCAGAAGGUCGAUAUGGCUCUGCCACCAGCUGGUUGGUGGAAUGCAUCCAAUUCAACGGUUUCUCCAUCGGAGUGAAUCCCAUUUCGCGGCAAACGUUUGUUUAUAACAGGACGGAUCUGUAUUUUGAGUAUAACCUUUUAAAGGAUGAGAUCGUCACCAGAAUCGUCUUGAAUGAGUCGGGUUUGUUGCAGCGUCUGGUGAGGACAAAAGACGGCAUUGGUUGGACUGUCAUGUACUCCUUCCCUGAUGAUCCUUGGGACGGCUAUGCGCUAUGUGGAGCCAAUGGUUUCUGCAGAAGCAACAGAUUUUCGAGAUGUGAUUGCUUGCAGGAUUUUGUACCAAAGGUACCAGAGCAGUGGCAAAUGCUCAAUUGGUCUGGUGGUUGUGUGAGGGAAGUGGUCGAGUGCUUAAAGAACUGCUCUUGUACAGCUUAUGCUAAUUCAAAUGUGGGAGGAGGAGGGAGCGGUUGUCGAAUGUGGUUUGGGGACCUAAUGGAUAUCAGCUGCAUCAUAGAGAAUCCUCCUCAAUACCAGAUUGAAGUUGUAGUCUAUUACAUGUUUCUCAACUCGAGGCAUGCAAAGGAUGACAUUGACCUUCCAUUAUUUGAGUUGGAUACGAUUGCUGCUGCUACUAAUAAUUUCUCUCCGACGAAUAUGAUUGGAUCAGAAGGCUUUGGUUCAGUCUACAAUGGAAACCUUUCAACGGACCAAGAAAUAGCAGUGAAAAGGUUGUCAAAGAAUUCAGGACAAGGUGGAGAAGAGUUCAUGAAUGAAGUAGCUUCAAUUGCCGGACUUCAACACAAGAAUCUCGUUGGGCUUCUAGGCUGCUGCAUUGAGAAAGAAGAAAGAAUGUUGAUUUACGAAUACAUGGCGAAUAAAAGGUUGGAUAAUUUUAUUUUUGAUUGCAACAGACCCUUUUCCUUGGAAUGGGAAAAGUGCUAUGACAUUGUAAUUGGAAUUGGACGAGGGCUCCUUUAUCUCCACCAAGAUUCCAAACUUCAAGUGAUUCAUAGAGACCUCAAGACAAGCAACAUCUUGUUGGAUGCCAACCUUAUUCCAAAAAUUUCUGAUUUUGGAUUGGCAAGGAUUUUUGCAGGUGAUAAAAAAGAAGCGAGAACAAAAAGGAUAAUUGGUACUUAUGGUUACAUGUCCCCAGAGUAUGUCAUUGAUGGAAAAUUCUCGGUGAAAUCCGAUGUAUUUAGCUUUGGCAUGCUUUUGUUAGAGACAGUGAGUGGGAAAAGGAACAGAGGAUUUUGCCAUCCAAGUCACCACCACAACCUUCUUGGACAUGCAUGGUUGCUGUGGAAUGAAGGCAAGGCCUUGGAACUUAUGGAUGAUUCUUUACCCGACUCCUACAUUGAAUUUCAAGGAGAGAGAUCUAUACAUGUGGGUUUGUUGUGUGUCCAGAAAUUUCCCGGAGACAGGCAAACAAUGUCUUCUGUUGUUUUCAUGCUGACUAAUCAGGAAGCAAUCUUGCCACAGCCUAAGCAGCCUGGUUUCUUUAUGGAAAGAAGUCCAACGAGCUCAGGUCAGUCCAUGAAAGAUGGAGAGACAUUGGUCUCUUCAGGCCAAAGCUUUGAGCUUGGCUUCUUCUCUCCAGGAAGCUCCAAGAAAAGGUACUUGGGGAUAUGGUACAAGAUCACUCCUGAAACAGUAGUUUGGGUGGCUAACGGAGACAACCCGCUGACCAAUUCGAGUCGUGUUCUCACAUUUGGCCAUGAGGGGAAUCUAGCUCUUCUGAACCAAUCGAAGGGUGUUGUUUGGUCUUCGAAUUCAUCUGGGGUCCUAACCAAUCCUGUUGCACGGCUCCUGGAGUCUGGAAACCUUGUUCUUUGGGAUAACAUCAAUUUGAUUCCCCGUGAUGCCUAUUCGUGGCAAAGCUUUGAUUACCCCUGCGACACACUUUUAUCUGGUAUGAACUGGGGUUGA